AGGUGGAUGUGUAGGAGGGGAUAGGCCAUGUGCAUGUUAGAAAAGCUUCAUUAUGUUCUCUGUCUUACAUCAGAAGAGAGAUAUCAACAUAGCACACAUUGGCCUACAUCAGAUCAAGGUGAUGAUAUCUCCUUGAUCAGACAAGAUAGAGAGGUCUUCUACGGGAUUGACACAUAAAGUUUGACAGCAUCCUUCAUGUUUUUUGUCAAAAUAUCCUUGGAUUACAUUGGAUUUUUUUCAUUUCUAGAAAGCUACAGGUGAAUAUAUAUUUCAAGAUGUUAGUGGAUACUUUGAGGUCAUGAUGUAUGUCUCAACGCCAUCAUAGAGGUACUUCCAUAGUGCAAAACAACUGGAUGAUACUACUGCAGAUUGCCAUCAUCUAUACAACCAGACAUCUUGCCAAGCGAGGGGGUAAAACCUUCCCAUCAUGCUUCCAGUGAUGAUCCUGGCAGCGGGUAACCUUCAUUGGUUCUCAUUGAUCAUCUUCUUCCUUGGUAUCAUCAGUCUUCAUGGCUUACCAACUGAUCCACCUCUUAUCUUCUCAUAUGAUGACACCACACCUUUCCCAGAUGCGAUCAAGUGUUUUACCUGUGAUAGUAGAAAGACUAAUAAGGAGUGUAAUGAUCGGGCUUAUGAUGCUUUCUGCCCACAAGGUACAAAGUACUGUUACACCUCCCAUCAUCUCAAUAGUCUAUCCGGUGAGAGUGUUAUGAUUACUAAACUGUGUGCUACUAAUGGAGAAUGUACUCCAAAUGCUGUGGGUUGCUUUGAUUUAUCAUCUCAACAGUUUGAUACAAAGAAAUGUAUUUCAUGCUGCGAGGGUUCAAAAUGCAACGAGGCUGUUCCCACGAACUCGAGCACAGCUGUUUUUACAACGAUCACGCCGUACAGCCACGGAACAUUAUUACAAUCAUCAAGACUGUUCACAUUGCUGUGUUUAGUCUUAUCAACGGUGUUAGUCAGAGGAUGGUUAUGGAACAUCUAGCACUUUGAAUGACUUCAAACUUUCUCUUUGUGUGAACACAACAUCGUUCAUUUGAACGUUUCAGUCUCUACUUGUGAUAUGUGGUGUACAUUUAGCUGAAGUGAGAACAGUCCCCAGCCAAGUGGAGUAGUACUACAGUAUAUGCAAUGCCAGGAUAAAGCUUGUUAGGGUUAUGUAUACAAGUUUUGGAGCAGAUUAAAAGACAAAAUCUUAGGAAAUUGAUGAAAUCAGACAGUACAUGUAUGUCAAACUUUUUAAGUUUUUGCUCCAUAAUGUUCACCUCUACAAGGACAAACCCACCGAGAAUCAACCAUUUUAAGACUUUUUUCCCACCAUGGAUGAUCUUAAUUUAUCCCAAACAGACUAACAGUUUGGUCGCAGGAUGUUAGGAUGGUGACAUCAUUUCUUGGACUACUCUAGCACGUACUCAUGUAUACAUCAUGCAAUAGAUUAGCAGUUUUAAUGCAUUUUGCUAAAUAGCUUGAUAUCCAAGAAAAACAUCAGCAUUUAUGGACUGACAAGCUUUCCCUGGUUUUCAUUGGCCGAGACGAGCAGGUACCAGACUGUUACUAUGGUAACUGUUGGAUAAUGACAUCUUGACAGUGCCAACAACUUUCAUGGAAUUGUCCUAGGAUCCUUAGCAGACCUGGGCCCCGUUUCACAAUCACUUAUUAUAAUGACAAAUGCACAAUUGCUCAAGCAAAUUUACUAUCAACCAGUAAGAUAGGAUAUCUGUAGCUGUUAACUGUUCUUGCAAAUUUGUUAUUAUAAACAAGUUUUAUGAAACGGGCCUCGGAAUUAGUUGAUCCUUUGGCUGCUGCUAUUUUUUCUCUCUUUUAUAUCAGUUUGGAAACAUCUUGUCAUUUUAUUAUGAACGUGGGCGUAGUAGUCUAGGUAGAUGUAUAUGUUUUUUUUUUCAGUGAAACAAGAGUGCAAGAAUAUAUAUUCUGUGAAUAUGUACAUAUGAGGAUAACUUAUAGAGAUGUUUUAUCUUGUUUUAUACGUACAUUAUGAUGUCUAUAAUGUAUAGUAUGCUAGGAAGAAUAUUUGAUGAAUACAGAUUUGUCUAGUGUAUGGGCAUAAUAUGUAAAUGAUAAAUGCAGAAAACGAAUGUUCCCAGAAUGUGUAGAUGGAAAGGUGCAUUAGGAAUUGCACUCUGGAUCAUCUUUCUUGCAUACAUCAGUGUUCAGGUUUUCAUGUAUAUUAUCUUUGGUAAUGAUACAUGUAUAAUUUGGCACAAAUGUGCAUUUAAAAUUUAGUAUGACUUUUUGUCAGACUUAAUAACUCUUUGAGGAACAAUUCCCUCCCACCACCACCCUUUCUGCCUUCCCCUUUCAGAUUAUGAUGUAAUGUCCCUAGAACCUUUGAAACAUAAUGUAUUAUUGGCCUGGUUCCUAAAAUUUAGAACAAGGUCAAUAAUACAUUUAUUUCAGUAGUUCAGUAGGGCUAAUUAUAUAUUCAAGAGGUCAUACAUAUCUUGGGGCCCCAUGGACCGAUUCCCACCAUAUUUGGGUUGAUGCUCAGCUGAAAUAUGGUACAAAAAAAUCCCUGGUAAAAUACAAAAAAAAGAAAAUUGAUGAUGUCACGCUGUGAACAGGGCUGUGUAAAUGUAUUUUCUUUAUGCUUGCCCAUUCUCUCUGGACUGCUUUGCCAAGAAUAAUCAUGAUUUAGAUAGAGACCUUUGAGGCUGCGGUUCCUAAUGAUUCAGUUCAUUUUUUACCUCCCAGGCACAGGUGAUGCCAAACAAAUAAUGAUAAUAAUGAUUGCCCCAAGCAUAUAUCUCACCUGCUUCAUUUUCCAGUAAUGAAAAGUAACAAUUUGAAUAAAAUUUUGCAACAUUAAUAUGAGUUGGCCA